AUGGCUGCAAGAGGUUUCAAGAGAGUUUCGCGCUGGUUUCCACGUUCCUCUGCAGGUUCCCGGGAGGAAGACGAGGAGAACAAUGAGAGGAACAGCUUGCUGAGGAGCCACUUGGAUCGUCAGAUUGUGCCGGUUGCAGAUUUUGGUGAGGAAGCCAAGGCAUUAGCUGUGCAUGUGGAACCAAAGACUGUAGCACUGAAGGUGUCCAUGCACUGCCAUGGCUGUGCAAGGAAGGUUGAGAAGCAAGUUUCAAAGCUGCAAGGAGUUGUGUCCUUCAAAGUGGAGCUGGAGAGCAAGAAGGUAACUGUUGUCGGAAAUGUUAACCCCACAGAAGUUCUGGAGAGCAUUUGUAAGGUGACGAAGUAUGCAGAGAUUUUGGCGGCUCCCUAG